GGGGGAUACAUGGGAAAGGGGGGGGACCCCACACGGACUCUGGCGAGGGAACACGUGUGCAUGCAACAUGCACACAUUCUGGCUCCGCCUACGAGAUCCGCCGGGUGGUACCUCCGCGUUCGACAGUCAGAGACCGUCUACCACCUACGGACAAUCACAACAUCCAUAGCCAAGAGAAAAAUUUCUCCUGGGACGGGACUCGAACCCGCACAGCGCACGGCGACUGAUCAGGAGACCGAAGAACCGACUACUGCGGCCACCGCUGCUGCCUAA